CGUUGCAUAGGCAUGAGCUCUCGCAAUUGGCCCCCGUACGCGUCGGUGAGGCGCGUUCCUUGGGCUACGUGUCGACGUUGUGCCAGUGGUCCUCAGGCAAGACUUGAAGCUUGAAGCUUGAAGGCCGACUAGCACCGCGCGACUUAAGCUCAUGUCGCUCAUCUACCAGAAGUUCUCUGAUUGUUGGAGUGGGAAGAGGACUAUUAGCUGCGCCGUUAUUCCGACCCAUACUCACUUCCCGACUCCAUCUGUAUCCCCUGCAGGGCCGUUGGCCGUGGUAGGUACGAUGCCUUUUACGACAUUACUUGUAGGUGAGAUAGAGGAAGGUGUGCCUGGUCAGACUGCGUGCUGUACUACUAAUACUGCGGCGCUCUCUGCAGAUCUGGCUAUUAGCAGUGCCAGCACGGCCCCUGAAUAUUGAUUCA